CUUUUAGGUUCAUUAGAAGAAUGUUUAAUGUUUAUUGAGCAUCUGGAAGGUGAAAUUGAUACAGAUACAUGGUCAAAUAAACCAAAAACGUGUGAACCUCAACAACAACAGAUAACAACAAAUAUUAAUAAACGUGGGCGAACACAUUCAACAGCAUCACUUAGUUCAAAUUCAACUAUUCGAUCAUCAUCAUCAUCUACAACAAGAAAAAAGCCAAAGAAAAACGAUAAUCAACAUGAUGACACAACAAUGCUGCCUCCCCCACCCAAACCAUUGGUCAAUCAAGGUGAUAAAACGAAGAUAUCAUCAAAAAAUAGCACACGGCCUAAAACAUCAACACAGAGCGGAUCAUCAACGAUCAUUCGUAGUUCACCCAAACCAUCAUCAUCUUCUA